AUCAGCUGUGUCCAAUCACAGCUGAUCACAUAGGGGACAUCUACACUGAUCAUCGGGGCACUGAUGAUGAGUGUGCCCUGAUGAUCUGUGUAGCCCCAGAAGUGCCACCUGUCAGUGUCCAUCAGUGCCACAUCAAUGCCACAUAUCAGUGCCUACCAGUGCACAUCAAUGCCACAUAUCAGUGCCUACCAGUGCACAUCAAUGCCACAUAUCAGUGCCCAUCUGAACUGCUUUCAGUGUCACCUAUUAGUGCCAGUCAGUGCCACCUAUUAAUGCCAAUCAGUGCCGCCUAUCAG